GUUAUGUCUGAUUCAAGCAACUAACUAAUCGUAAUUUGAGGGCUUCAUCUGCUAAUAAAGUAAAUUUUGAUUUUUUCAAUUCCUUUUUCAUUCUCUUCCCUCGGUGUUUCAUCUAAGAAAUGUGGUCGAUCUCGACUGUCCUAAUCACGUACAUUUUAAUUCGGAUAUAGCUUUUAAGGGAUAUGUUAUGUCUGAAUCUUGGGUUCUGAUUCCAGAGUCGUAGGCAAUCAUUGGUGGAUGCAGCAGGUCAUGUCCCUGAUCUCUUUCCUGAUAUCGAAAGUGAUGUCAGAUUGUGCCCUGAGAGCUUGAAAGAGCCCCUUGUUAACAUAACCCACUCACCUCUGUCCGAUUUCCAUGAUUCCGAAAGAUCACAACACGGAAUCCGUAAUCAGGUUGGUAUUCUUCUUUAUCCCCACACACUUUGAUUUGACAUUAGAACUCUGUAACUAAGGCCAUUGAGAUUUACUUGAUUAGUUGUAUCAUCAAUCUAUGCAUAGGACAAGUUGUCUAGGGUUUCUUUUGACUAUUUAGUAUUUACUGUAUUCUUGUGGCUUUCCCUUCCAUGUAUCAGGAAGAUGACAAUACGGUGGACUUCAUCUUGAUUUCUCGGCCACUAAAAUCUGAUAGGAAUUCAGAAGAAGCUUCUGAUCAACCCCAACUCUUCUCCCAUCAUGCGUGUUACUGCAGGCAAUACUCCUUGCUCCCAUCCUUAAAUGCUGAUAAUUUAUCUGAACAGAAGUAUCAUUGAGUUUCACAAGUCAUGGUGUUUAUCUUCCUUGUCUUACGUGCAUUUCUACAGAACCGCUAGCACAAGCCCAAUAUCUUGGACAAUGAAUGGACCUCGAACCAAAUACCACAACUUUUCAUCUUCGUUCUGUGAGAUAAGUCUGCGGAUGACCAUCCACAACUCGUCAGAUGUAAUUGCAUCUAUAAGCAUCAACACGGCUGAUUCUGCAGGCCAAUCAGAUGCACUACCUUCGCCACGCGGAUGGCAGCCUGUGGUUGCAGACACUAAGGUCGCUUCACCUAAAGUUUCUGGAGCUGUAGCCGGGAAUUCGGCAGAGUUGCCGUCAUCGGAACCUGUCGCCUCCCCGGUUUCCCCGUUCAUCUGGUCCGGCUCAAGUUGCAGUAACGUCCAGCUUGAUCCCUGUUCCUCCACGGAUGUUCCAAUGCAAAUAUGUGUCUUCUCCCCCGGCACUUAUGAUCUGUCGAGCUAUGUUUUGAAUUGGAACCUGAGAAAGGAUGGCGGUGGCAAUCAGUUGGAGGCAAAGGAAAGGAAUCCUGAAGAGAUGAGGAAACUGUCGGGGAGUUGCUCAGGGUAUCCGUAUUUCUUGACGGUUCUUCAAUCUGUCUAGUGCAGGAACUUGGAAUGUACUGGUCCACUUUUUCUUUCCUUCUCUAGGUUGGUUCUGGUUGAGUGGUUUAUGAUUUUUGUAGUUUUACAUGUAUAAUAUUUUUGUUUCCUCUUCCAAUUUCCGUACCGCAAAAGUAGGAAGGUUUUCACCUUUUUUUUUUUUGGAAUCAGGAUUGCAGUUUGUCAAAUGGGAAAACUGGAAAAGUCAAGAAGGGAAAUCUAGUUUGUCAAAUAGGAACCGAGGUCAUUCAUUUUGGCAGGGAGAAAAACAUUACGAUACUAAGAAAAAUAAAGUGAAAUUCAGGUAUUGUCUGAUUUUGUUGUAAUUUUUUAUUAUCAGGGUGUUUCUAGGUGAGCUCUCUUUAAUUGAAUUGAUUGAUAGCUUCAAGUGAUAGCUUGUUGAAUCAUUCUUUGUGGAUCGUUGAGGGACAAACAGAAAGAUGCGGGCCGUGGGGUUUUCGAUGGAUUUCGGUAUCUUCUAUAUCCACGUUUGUUGACAAUUACAGCAUUUCAUAAUGCAUUUGUAUAUGGUAUUUCAUCAAAUAUGAUGUUUGGAUAGGAUUAGAAAGUGUGGUAUUGUGAUUGUGCUAUUUCAUUCCAAAUUAUUUAAAUAUUCAUUUAUCUCUCUUCGGUGAUGUAAGCGACAAAUGAGAGCGUGAGAACAUUGAAGAUGAUCAUGGUUAUUAAUGUGCAUAUAUCGUUGGCUAACAAUUGAGAAAUAAAUAAAAAGAAAAAGAAAAAACGUUAUUCAUU